AAGGGACCGUUCACUGUGGUCUACAAAUUUGAAUCCAUAAAGAGGAAAGAAGUCUUUCAAAUUAUUUUGGGUUGUUCAGCCAGCUUUAAGAUGACCUGGAACCCCAGCCUUGUUUUCAGAACAGCUUUCUCCUCUAAAGUAAGAUGUUGUAUAUUAUUUUCUUUUAUGCAUACAAAAGUUAAUUCAAAAAGUUUGCCUGGUGUGUUUAAAUAUCUCCAAGAACAAGAAAGUGAGAAAGGAGAGGACUCACUAUGAAUUUAAGAUCAGAAGCAAGAGGAUUUCUAGCUCUCCUUUUGUCAAUACCAGCACUUCAUGGUGAUGGUGACUGGAGUGUUACUUACUCAUCUAGUAAUGUCUGCGCUUUAAGAGGAGCAAUGGUUUACCUCCGCAGUUAUGUACAGUACCAGCCUACCACAGAUAAUACACUGUGGUUUACGAAAGUAUCCAACAAGCAGCUAGUUGAUCUAGAACACAAUGCAGACUAUACAGGUCGUGUUGAGUCCAGCUGUAGUGAGGACAGAUGUACCCGGUCCAGAUGUCAUGGAACAUGUACCCUGAGAAUCAACGACCUGAGACAGAGUGACUCUGCUGUCUACAAGGUUAGGUUCACAACAAACCAACCAGGUGGGGAAUAUACUGGUGACCCUGGAGUGACGUUAUCUGUAACAGACCUCCAGGUGAAGGUGUCCUUUCCUUACCCAACUGAUCCUACCAGGGCAGAGCUGGAGUGUCACAGUAUGUGUGAUCUAGCUAGUGACACUCCCUACAUCUGGUUCAGAAAUGGACAUAAUGUAGGACAGGGAGUGAAAUACAGGGUCUACAUUCAGUCUGGAGACUGCUUCUCAUGUGCCGUUGAAGGAUCCGAUCUCCGAUCUCCUUCAGUGUACGCUCCGAAGACCCCCUCAUUGACUGUGAGUCCCUCUGCUGAAAUAGGGGAGGGCAUUUCAGUGACUCUGAGCUGCAGCAGUGAUGCAAACCCCGCAGCUAACUACACCUGGUUCAAGAACAACCAGCCUCUGCUCUGGGAAACAAAUCAACCUCAUACCUUCCCCUCGGUCCGCCCUGAAGACGGAGGAACAUACCUCUGUCACGCAGAGAACCAAUAUGGACAUAUGAGCUCUCAUUCGCUAUUCUUUGAUGUCCAGUAUGCUCCAAAGACCCCCUCAGUGACCCGGUUUCCAACUGGUGAAAUGGAGGUUGGCAGAUCAGUGACACUAAGCUGCAGCAGUGAUGCCAACCCAGCAGCUAACUAUACCUGGUUCAAGGAACAUCAAGACUCAGUGAAGGAAUUAGGACAGAACUACACCAUCAUUAAUAUCACAUCUGAGCUUGGAGGAAACUAUUACUGCCAAGCUCAUAAUGCAAUCGGACAUCAUAAUUCCACUUUUUUGCUCAUUAAAGUGAUAUCCGUAUUAUCAGAGACAACAAUUGUAGCUGUAACAACGAUUGGUGUCUUACUGGCCACCCUACUCCUCCUCGUCUUCUGGAUGAGAAGAAAGAGGGCCUCCAGAAAAUCAUGUGGACAGGGAGAAAGGCCAGAUACCGUUGAGGAGCCACUUCCUGGUCCCGUGUAUGAAAACCUCUCAGAUUUGAACAAUCGAAUGGUUCCUGCAGCACAGAGAGAACCAAUAGAAGUGCAGGAUGACCUUCACUAUGCGAUCAUCCACCACUCUGUCUCAGAGAACCAGGAAGUGCCUCGCUGUUGGGUUGGCUCUCGUCUCCAAUCAGACCAGACAGAUGCAGUCUUUUACUCUGAGGUCAAAAAUUAAACGACCCAACGCUGUCCGUGGAGAGUGACCAGACAGAGGCGGCACAAACCUCAGGGUUGUACAGCACCUUCAAAAAGCACCCCAGAGAUUGAACCAGUUGUGGCAGAAAGAUUUAAAUAGUGGGACUAGAUAGUUUAACAGGACAAUACGCUGGCUGAAUAUCCUAUUGGACUUUAUUACCUGGACAGAAUUGAGAUUUUUAUUGUAUCAAUGUUUGAGAAGUAGGAUAAACAGUAGAUUUCAUCAUUGAAUUCCCCUGAUCUCAUUCAUUUCUUGGUUAUAUAAGUCAGAGCUUGACAAGAGAUCAAGAGAUGAAUAUGUAUAUUAAUGAUCUCAGUCAGGUCGUGGUUAUUGCAGAGAGAAGCAUGUGUGACCAGUCUGAAACUUUCAUGAGACAAAUCUGAGAAGUAUGAGCCCAAGCAGAAAUUGUAAGAUUUUAUGUCCAAUGUCUCCUCCUUGUCUGAUUAAUUUCUCUAAAAUGUGCCACCGAAGCUAUGUAUGAGAAGCUAACACAACAGAUAUUUGAGAACCAAUUUAAUUAUUAUUACAUUAUUUGACUUUAUGUAGCAAUGUCUGUUUGUUCUGCCCCCACAAUUUGUUUUUGCUCUAGACGUCUAGUGGUUGAUAAUGGCAUUGCAUGAGUGAGUUGUGUUUUGGCCCUUCUGUGUUACCAUGUUACCUAGUUUAAAGGGGUAGUUCGGAAUUUUGGACAUAGGGCCUGAUUCCCAAGUGAGCUUUGGCAUUCUUUAUCACUGGAGACAGUUUUCAACACAUUCAGUCCUUCUAGUUGCAGAGUUCGCUCGUGCUAGGCUAGCGCACGUCAACGGGCAAUGCUAGCCUGCUAUUAAAAACAGUGUUACCCACUCCACAGUACACCCGAGGUAAAUCAAUUAUAACGACAGACUAUAAAUUUAAAUGUCUGUUUAUAGAAUAAUGUUAGAAAUAAAACCAACCUUGCAUUGCAUUUUGAGGGAAUUGCUGGGUCACAGCAGCAGUGUUAUAUUCCUGGUAGUAGGCUCCAUGGUAGUAGGCUACGGCAGCGGCGGACUGAUACCUUGGUUACCGGCUCUAGUUUGUUUACCUGCCGCUGUCAUUGCUACAAACGCAGAGUACAGUGAACGAAGGAAUUCUAUUAGCGUAUUCAAUUAACAAGAUAUGGGCACGUUUGGAGGACUUAGCGAUGCAUCUGCUUUUGAAGACGAUUAUGACGAAUUUGUUGUAUCCAACGAACCGUACAUGUACGAGCCGGUGUUUUGAUGUCCAAGCCAGCAGCAACAAGCCACAGUUGAGUCCUUUCUGGAUCUCGCACUGGAAAUUGGUGGAAACUUUGUGGUGCCCAUCUGUAGCGUAUAUUUCUACAAUUUCUAAAAGCACACUGAACCACCAUGUUGCCUAGUCGUUCAAUUGCGCUUCUGUCCCAAGCUUCUCUGUUUAGGUUCUUGUGUCGUGAUUCGGUUACAAAACUAACCGGCGCAUAGUAAAAUUCCGCUUCUGCUGAGAAAGUAGUCCCUCGAUGAUUCAUGCGAUGCAAGGUUAGUUUUAUUUCUAACAUUAUUCUAUCAACACACGUCAAAUCAACACCCCCGAGUGUGAACCAGUAGCCCCAGCAGGAUUUAAACAAUGGGACUGAGUAAAGUGUCUCAUUUAUUCGAUUUGAGAUCAUCUAAAGGUGCUUGCACACCGCCUCGCUGCCGGAGGGUUCAGUGCGGCGGUGUGAAGGGCCAGACGUUUUCCAUAGCGGCUGCUACUGCUGCUGCUGCAGCUGCUGCCGCCUGGCGUCUGCCGCCGAACGUUUCAACAAGGGGAAAGCUGAGCGGUAGGGCAAAAUCUGUGCGUGUUCACGUGGGCGGCAACCGUUUCCUGGUUUUCAGCCGCUUUUGUAACCGCCUCCCCUCUGCCACCCUUCCCUCAUUGAAAUGAAUGGAGGCGGUGAGUAGCCGCGCGGCGGUGUGACAGCAGCUUCAGGGAGAAGAUGAUCCUGUUAUGGCUUUCGUUGGAGCAAGCUGCACAGAAGUUUGCAGUCCAGGCCAGUGGAGCCGCUCAUGCUCAAAGAUUUGUCUCGCAAAGCUCUAUCCCAAACGUUCAAAGGACAUGCCCAUCAAAGCCUAUGUAAUCAUGACUUACCAGAGCAAUCGCUCAUUAGCAAGACCAGAGUUCUUCAGGCUGUUCAGUGUGAAGAGCAAACCAUUCCCGUACUAUCUCAGAACUUGCUCUGGCAUCAUAGAAACAUCCGGCUAGAGGGCAGAAGGAUUUGAAAUUGAGUCACUGGACGGCACAGUUCUCAUUUCACUCCCACCACUCAUUGAGUGUCAUGAGAUCCCGAAUAAUCGGUCCGAGAUUCCAACACCGAACGCUGUUCUUCAUCAGCCUCAUCUCCAUCACAUUGCCGAGCACAUUCCUGAACUGGACCCAGAGGCAGAAAUACUAUGUAUCAAUGUCUAGCCAUAGGCUACAGUGCCACCCCAUUGUAGAUAUAGGGACCUGCCUCUGUAUUCAUAGACUAUAGCUCUAAAUCUCUGUUAUCGAUUUGUCAUACCUGUUUAGGUGGCUAGGCUAACGACCGUCACCGGAGCAAGUCCGGCUGUUUUCAAAAGCAUCUGUCAUUUCAAAAGCAACAACAAGCAGAUCGCACAUAUCCUAACAACAGAACUGACAAGAGAAACUUAUAAAUCCCUUUAUUUACGGCGUUAUAUUGUGAUAUAGUGUCAAUAAAGACCAAAUAUAUAUAGCUUUACAUUUACAGCAAUACUUGCCGUGAAAUUAUAGGGAGGAGGCGGGGCGUGCUGGUGUCAUACACCAUUGUUGGGAAUGGCAUUUACCGUUCCUGAACGGCAUAUUCCAUGGUAUGUCAGUGUUCGCGGUGGCACAUGCCACAGACAUCAAUUAAUCAAUUAAUUAAUCAAUCAAUUGAUGACGUGAAUUUGAAAGUAGCCAAUCACAUUGGAUCUUGCGUGAUGCUUACAUUAUCAAUAAAAAAACUCACUUCAUCGACUUAUUCUGAUACGAUACUGUGUUGUCUCCAUCUAUGGUCAUGUUUGCCUGAGGCAGGCCUAGUCAUAACACACUUCUACAUUGAGUUGGGUUUAGGUAUGCAAUAAUAAACAGACAAAAAAUAAAAUGUUCAUCACUUCACUUCACAACAUUUUUUGUAAAAGAAUAAACCAUUAGAAUUGUGCUGUACCACACCCUGGGGACAGCAACCCUAUGAGAGGUAAGACUCAAGUUACCAGACUAGACCUAAGAGGAAACUAUGAAACACUAUGGUGCACGUAGUAUAACCACAAACAUGUUGUUGAAUGUUCUAGUCACAGUAGUUUCCUGGCAUUAACUUACAGCUGACGCUUCUGAAGAAGACUGCAGGAAGUGGUCGAAACAUGUCAGGUACAAACAAAUGAUUACUAGUCUGUUUGCAUGAACGUACAAGUAUAUAUAUUAAGUUAGACUAAAUGAACUUUUUUGUCUUAGUUCCCAGGCAUUAUGUUAAUUCUGAUGCCUUUUCUUUGUUUGUUCUUUCCAUUUAUUUGGCUCAGUUUACUGCAUGAUGAACUGGAAACGAUUAGCUUCCUCCUCAAAUUUCUAAACAAUAGAGUCUGAGCUGAUUACCCCUCAACUGUACACAAUAAAUCUAUUAUCUCUAUACUAUAGAUAAUAGACAGUCGUUGGUGUUAGUUUUAUUUCUAACAUUAUUCUAUCAACACACGUCAAAUCAACACCCCAGAGUCUACACCAACGACUGCAGAAGCACAAACACAGACAUUACAUACAUCAAGUAUUCUUUAUAUGGACAAUACCAACUCAUCAGAUCAGUUAGAGUCUGAGCUGGCCACCAGACUGGUGCAGGCGGAACUGCCUUGAUCUCAACAUCACCAAAACAAAAUAACUAAUAAAAGACUUCCGUAAGGCCCCCUCUACCUUCCCUUCGUCAUAACUAUCAAACCAAACAUCCUUCACAUUUAGCGUGCAAACCUUAUGAAAGUACAAUGCACAUUUCUCGCUAAAAAUGUUUACAUAAACACUUUUAAUGGCGUUUCUAUGUAACUAUUUCAACCCAGAAUAAAGAGUAAGAUGUCCGCCAUGUGCUUCCGUGCAAGCGUCACGCGUAGGCGGGUUGAACCAUUUUUGUGACACACAAUGAACAAGCGUCAGGUUAGGCGCGUUACUCGCAUAAUCCGACGCGCGUAACGCGUUCAGUGUGGCCGCACCAUUAGGUGCGUCGAACCAUUUUUGUGACACACAAUGAU